AUUCAAUGCUCUUCCACUGGAUGACAAUGGACGACUCCAUGUAACCACUAACAUCCCCUGCGUUUGGCUGGUGACCGGUUCAGGGUGCACCCCGCCUCUCUCCUCUCAUAAGUUCCAUUGGUUAGAGGACAACAGGUCACAUUGUUAGGAGUCGUCUCAUUGGCUGACGCCUCUUCCUCAAACGUGCCCUACUGGAGCAGCCGUGAAGGUGAAUCUGGUGCCCGGCUAACUUUCUCCCCACCGCCCAGUCUUCUUUCCGGAAACUCCACAGACGUUGUCCUGUUCCCUCUCCGCACCCAUGUCCGUCUUCGGUGACGUCCCGCAGGCGCCCCCGGUGGCUGUCUUCAAGCUGUCCGCCGACUUCCGUGAGGACAGCCACCCGCAGAAGGUGAACCUCGGCGUCGGAGCCUACCGCACAGAUGACUCUCAGCCGUGGGUCCUACCGGUGGUGAAGAAGGUGGAGCGUCUAAUCGUGGAGGACGCCACCCUUAACCAUGAAUACCUGCCCAUCCUCGGCCUGCCGGACUUCCGUUCGGCCGCCUCCAAGGUCGCCCUGGGCGAGGACAGUCCCGCCAUCAACGAGGGGAGGGUAGGUGGCGUUCAAGCUCUGGGUGGCACAGGCGCCCUGAGGAUCGGUGCCGAGUUCUUGCGGCGCUGGUACAACGGCGUCAACAACACGGCCACGCCCGUUUAUGUGUCUGCGCCCACCUGGGAGAAUCACAAUGCUGUGUUUGCCGAUGCUGGGUUCAAGGACAUCCGUCCGUACCGCUACUGGGACGCUACCAAAAGAGGCCUGGACCUUAGCGGCCUGCUGGAUGACCUUGAGAAAGCUCCGGAAGGUUCCAUCUUCGUGCUUCACGCGUGCGCCCACAACCCCACAGGCACGGAUCCCAGUCAAAACGAAUGGAAGCAGAUAGCAGAUAUUAUGCAGAGGAGGAAUCUCUUUGUGUUCUUUGACUCGGCCUACCAAGGCUUCGCCUCAGGCUCUCUGGAGAAAGACGCGUGGGCCAUUCGCUUCUUUGUGGCUCUGGGCUUUGAACUCUUUGUGGCUCAGUCCUUCUCCAAGAACUUUGGCCUCUACAACGAGAGGGUGGGCAACCUGACGGUGGUGGCACGAGACGGCGACAACCUGGGCCGCAUCCUCUCUCAGAUGGAGAAGAUCGUGAGGACCACCUGGUCCAACCCGCCCUCGCAGGGGGCUCGCAUCGUCAGCAAAACCCUCAACUGCCCCCAGCUCUUUCAAGAGUGGCAAGAUAACGUGAAGACUAUGGCUGACCGUGUGCUCCUCAUGCGGGAUCAGCUCAAGUCCAAGCUGCAGGCCCUGGGAACCCCCGGAACAUGGGAGCACAUCACCCAGCAGAUCGGCAUGUUCAGCUUCACGGGCCUCAACCCCAAUCAGGUGGCGUUCAUGAUCAAAGAGAAGCACGUGUACCUGAUGGCGAGCGGCCGCAUCAACAUGUGCGGCCUCACCUCCAAGAACCUGGACUACGUGGCGCAGUCCAUCCACGACGCCGUCACCCAGGUCCAGUGAGAAGGAACACUCCCUUUGUCGCGCUCGCUUCAUUUUUGUCCCGUCGUGCCCGUGAUGUCGCAAACAAAACGCUUUGUCCACGUUGUGCAUCCUCACUCGUGCCCCAGUGUUUCCCAACCUCUAUGGAGCCAACACACACACAUUUUACAUUGAAAGAAUUCCACAAAAGUAUUAUUAGCUCCUGUAAUCAACAUUAACACUACGCUUAAAUAUUGGAAAAUAUUUGCUAAUUAUUCAAAUAAAAUUGAUCGCACGUAAUUGUGAAAUUAAUAACUCGUGAAAUUUGUACAAAUCUUUCUUAAAAAUUAAAUGUAAUGGAAUUGAAUUACAACUACAAAAAAAAAUCGUACUUUUACAAAAGUUCUGAAUUUAGGGAGUGACUCUUUUGGGAAAAAAAAAGUGGUUUAAACAGUAAAUACAGUGCUCAUUUGUAUACUUAUGGUUCACCAUCUGUGGAUUAAGGUAAAAUAUAUAAAUACAAUAUUUAUUUUGUCAAGAAAUUUUAAUGUCAACUCUAUUCAUGUUCUGGCCCGAUGACUGUGUAACAGAAAUUAAAAUCUCAAAACACUUCAUCAUUACAAAUUUAUCUUGGAUCAUCAGACUCAAAAGUAGAAAUCUUGUUUUUUUUUUUUAAUAGAGCACCCCUAAAAAAUGGAUUUCAAAUAAAUUGAUCUCCCAGAAAAUUCACUGAUUAUAUUUGUUAGCCUAUGGCACCACUGUGUAGCAUCUUUGGGCAUAACAGAGCACAAAAAUGCGUUGAUAGUGAAUGACAGAUAUUCAGGGGACUACUGAUCUCGUUUUUUUUCAAUUUACAAAUUUACAGUCUGAAAUAUGUUAAAAAAACGAACAAAAAGGUGUUAUUCUUGUUGUAUAAGUAAUGUUAAUUGUACCGUUCGCUGGUGUAAGAACGUUUCAUUGUUCUUCCUGUCACUGGCAGAGCUAAAUGAACAAGAUGCAUAUUUGUAGUCAAUAGAUCAACAUAUUUGGUUGGGAAUUACUGGUAAACUACACUGUGCUAGUCUACGUUAGCCAUCUGCUGCUGUCAAGUGCAGGCGGGACUUCAUCAUAGGUCAGGUGUGUGUUCUCAUGUAAACGCUCUCCUGCUUCACACACUUCACACAAAGUACACUGAAACAGUCAAUUAAAACAAAUGUAAUGGGGGGGAGAAAAAAAUUCCUCCUCCUGCUGAUUCUCCCCCAAUAAAACGGGUCGUUACAGCACUUAAUUGUUGUUCAUAAUUGUUAGCACUUGAUUUAGUCACAUCGAGCCUUCUUAAAGGCACAGUACACACCGCAUGUGUUUGCAGGGUUCUCCGAUCCAAAGGAUUUGACGUUGCCUUUUAAAAGUGCAGGAUUUUUUUUCCUUGUUCCUUUUACCAUAUGUACAAACUCAAAAUACUGUAUUUUACGUGUUACAUGGAGAAAUCAAAUAAAGGCACUACUUACAAAUGA